AUGGCCGACGAAGCGGCGAAGCGCGAGGCGCGCAAGCGCCGGAUCUUGGGGCGCGGUGGCGACAGACUAUCACGCAUCACAAAUGCGGGCCGCGGCGCAGACUAUGAGCUGAUCGACAACGCGCCGAUGAUGCCAAAAAUGCCGAGCGAGGCGGCCGAUAUCAACGACGACCCGCCAGAGACGCUCCCGUUUGCGCCGCCUCAAACGAUGCUUGCGGGCGCGCCAGAAGCAAUGAAUGGCAUGCAUCCACCGCAAGACGAUCCCCUCGCACAACUCAUGGCCGCGAUGCAAGGCCAAGGUGGCGGCGCGCCGGAUAUGAUGAACAUGAUGCAGCAGAUGAUGAGUGGCAUGGGCAGUAAAGACGCGCCGCAAGGCAUGCAGGGCGCAAGCACUGCCCACCGCGAACAGUCCGAGGCUGUGGACAAGCGCCUGCGUCUUGUGCAGUAUUCGGUGGUGUUCAUCUUUGCAUUUUAUUUGGUGAUUGCCCAUCUGUUUGUCAAGCCCAAAGUGGGCAUUGCAGGGCGCGCAGUGGACGUGCCCGAGACGCAUGCAUUCCAGCGCAGUUCCUAUCUGCAACAGUGGGCCUCGCUUGCAUGGGAAUACACACCGUCGCAUGCGUGGCAGAGCUCCGAGGAUUUGUCCAUGUUUCCAUGGCGCGCAAUGCAGCAUCCUUUGGACAAAUACGGGCACUAUGUAGGUCUGGACAGCAAAGUCCUUGGCGUACUUCCUACGUGGCCUGUAUACUACGUCUUCUUUACCUUGGAAGUUGCCUUGCAAGGCAUGCGCAUCGUCAUGCUGCAGCGCUUCCCUGCGUCGCCGUCAGGGCGUAUUGCAGGCAUCCUGCAAGUAUGGGCGCCGGCACUCCUGCCAUACGUGACGCUAGCGCUUUCGCUGGCCUCGCUUGUGAGCUCCAUGGUAGACGAUAUGUGCAUCCUGCUCUUUGCCAUUGGGCUGGGCGUGUUGUUUAGCAACUGGGAAUUGGGUGUGUGA